CCCCAGAUUCUGUCUCUGUCCCCCCUCCCCCACCCCUGUCAGCCUGUGACUAAAGCGAAGUAGUAAUGGGCUCAGAAACGCCUGGGUCCAGUGGCAGAAUGCCAUGCUGACGCCUCACAGCUUCGAGAAAGCGCUGUCGGCUUUUGGCCCGUGGAAGGCUUUUGCAAUGGCAACGGAGCAAGAUUCUGUUUCAGCCUAUUCAGGACAGUUCAGGCCACGGGACUCCGGGGCUCGGCACUUGGCCCGUGGAAUGAUCGGCAUUGUGUCUUCCGGAGCCAUAAGAUCGGGGCUUCCACGUUGAAUUCACCAUUAAAUGGUGGCAUGAAGGGUGACAGUCGCUGUUUGUGGACAACAGAUUGCUAAAGAUGAACCGCUGCCUUGCUGUCACCGUCGCGGCGCUGGCGCUGACCAGCCAGGUCUGCUACGCAUAUCCCCGCGGCUUGUCCACCGCGAGAGUUCUCGCCCGCGCUCAAGAUGCAGAAGACACGUACGACUAUGUCAUUGUCGGCGGCGGGACGGCCGGCCUCACUAUCGCCGACCGGCUGACCGAGGACGGCAAGACGACGGUGCUGGUCGUCGAGUAUGGCGAGCUCAGCAGCUCUCCGCUCAUCCAAACCGUGCAGGGGGGCUUCAUGGGCAUGUCGAGUCCGCAGUUCAUGUACGACAUCACGUCGGUGCCGCAGGCCAACCUGCGCAACCGCACGACGCCGGUGCUGGCGGGCAAGGUGGUCGGCGGUGGAUCCGCGGUCAACGCCAUGAUGACAGUCCGUGGCACGGCCGAGGACUACGACCGCUGGGGCCGCUUCUUCAGCAACCACUCCGAGUGGAGCUGGGACGGGCUGCUGCCCUACUUCAAGCGCGCGCUGCACUUUGCGCCGCCCGACGCGGCCGUCGCGCGCGCCGCCAACAUCACCUACGACGCCGCCUUCUGGGGCAACACGUCGGGCGUCUACGCCGGCUGGCCCUCGUUCCAGUUCCCCACCACCGCCCUCCACGUCGCCGCCUUCCGCGGCGUGCCCGGCGUCGAGUUCCCCCCCGACAGCGGCGCCGGCGAGCCCGGCGUCUACUGGUUUCCCACCUUCAUGGACCCGCACACCGUCGCCCGAUCCUACGCCCGGACGGGCCACUACGACCCCGCCGCCAACCGCUCAAACUACCACCUGCUGACGGGCGCCAAGGCGACGCGCAUCCUGCUGGAAGGGACGACGGCGACGGGCGUGGCGUUCGUUCAGACGCCGGCGAACGCUACUAGCAGUAACUUCACCUCGACGGCGCUGCCAACCGUCGUCCGCGCGCGCAAGGAGGUCGUCCUGUCGGCCGGCGGCAUCCACAGCCCGCAGAUCCUCCAGCUCAGCGGCAUCGGCCCGCGCAAGCUGCUCGCCGCGGCCAAUAUCACCGCCAUCGUCGACCUGCCGGGCGUGGGCAUGAACUUCCAGGACCACCCCAUGCUGACGGCCGCGUUCAUGUACCAAAACUUCUCGGUCCACCCGUCGAGCGACGACAUGUUCUUCAACGCAACGUUCCAGACGUGGGCGGCAGACGUGUGGGCGGUCAACAGGACGGGGCCCUUCUCGAUCGCGACGGGCAACGCGGCGGCGUGGCUGCCGUUCCCCGUGGUGUCGCCACAGCGCCACGCCUCGGUAGCCGCAGCGCUGGCAGCACAAGACCACGCAGCACAGCUACCAGCGGGCACCGACGCGACGGUGGCGGCCGGGUACCGGGCGCAGAUGCUGGCGUACGCAACAGCCCUCCGCAACAACGGCACGGCCUUCUACAACUCGGUGCUGUCGGGCGGCGCGGCCAGCGGCGUGCUCGUCGACCUGCACCCGCUGUCGCGCGGCACCGUGCAUAUCGACACGGCCGACCCGCUCGGCGCCGAGCCCGUCGUCGACUACCGCGCGCUGAGCAACCCGCUCGACGUAGCCGUCAUCACCGAGCUGCUGCGCUUUGCCCGCAGCUCCGUCAUGGACAACCCGCUCACGGCCGGCUUCGCGCCUGUCGAGCUCGUCCCCGGCGCCAAUGUUACCAGUGAUGCCGACUGGGCAGAGUACAUUGCCGACACCGUGUCGCCCACCGAGUUCCACCCCGCUGGCACCUGCGCCAUGAUGCCGCGCGAGCUGGGCGGUGUCGUCGACGAGCAGCUCAGGGUGUACGGCGUGAGCAAUCUGCGUGUGGUCGAUGCGAGCAUCAUCCCCACGCUGCCCGGCGCGAAUACCUGCCAGACCGUCUAUGCUAUUGCUGAGAAGGCGGCGGAUCUCAUCCGCUACGGUCCAAAGAACGGGGUGUAAUUGUUGCAACGGCAGCCUGUUAGUGCUGCACAGGCCGCUUUGUCCUGGCCCCCUGGGUUGGUUGGAGUAGGAGGCCCUUUGUCUGUACCAUACACCAGCCCGGCUAGCUGUGCAUCAACAAAUAUCAUUUGUCAGCUGCUGGGUUUUGAACGUAUUGCUUUCUUUGUCGACAUAGACAAGGUAUAAUAACAUUAUCCGCCUGGGGCUGUU